AAAAACAAGUAUGGCGCGUAGUGCUAGCGGCGUACGCGCCAGCUGGAAAGCUAAAUAUGUGCAGUGCCGAACGAUCGCGUUCGUUCACCCCGUACUCCUUCACUAGCAACGAGUGAUGACGGCGAGCAGUAUGCAGUUGAACUGCGGGACCAUGUCCCUUGAAGCGGACGAACUGGCGAGGCUCUCCCGCAAGCCCCCCGCCGAGAUCAUUCACAGCGGACACUUCAUGGUAUCGGACAUCGACGAUGCCGACGCGACUGACGAAGUGGCGCGCGCCAGCGAAACCGACGGCGCCGCUGACGCGCCAAACCUCCUGACGACACCCCUGGACGAAACCAGCGAGGAGCUGGACUUCGAGACGGACUGCAUCAUGGAUGUGGACAAGUUGGCCAACAAGCAUCCGUGUCCGAUCGCGAUCGACGGUUCGCUGACCAAACUCUUCGAGUGCAUGACUUUGGCAUACAGUGGGAAGCUGACCUCCCCCAAGUGGAAGACAUUCAAAGGGCUGAAGCUGAGGCUGAAAGACAAGAUCCGGCUGAACAACAUUAUCUGGCGGGCAUGGCACAUGCAAUUUGUUGCCCGAAGAAGUCCAUAUGUCUGCCAGUUUGCAUCACCCCUUGAAGGAGAUGCCCACAACAAACCGGAGGCCAUUGUUAUGGAGGGCAAGUAUUGGAAGCGCAAGGUCAGCAACAUCACUGCCGAAUACAAAAAGUGGAGGUUGUACUUCUGCAAGAAGAACUCGUACUGCAAGACUGGGGAUGACUCGAUCGCCGCGCCGGCCGACCUGGACAUGCGCUGGCUCUCCCACGGGGCGCCCAUGGACGAAGACUUCUUCAUGGACCUCUCGGAGAGCCUGUUCAACAGCCUCAACCAGCCCUUCGACUUUCCGAACCCCCGAGAGAUAGCAUCAAGAGCGGGCAUUGCUGACUUAAUCCAGCCUGGACUUGUCCAGCUGCAGCCAGCUCUCGAUGACUUCAUGGACACGCUGGAGCCACUGUCAGAGUUUCUCAACUCAAGGCUCCCUACCCUUGCAGAAGAGACGCCCGACCUGUCGGCUGCUUCUCAGCUUCAGGCAUACCCGGUGCAGCAGCAGAGACAGUCAUUGUUGUACAAUGGGCAGAUAGUUGUGCAGAAUCAGCAACAUCAGCAGCAACAACAGCGACAGCACCAGCUACAACAUCAACAACAACAGCAGCAACAACAACAACAACAACAACAGCAGCAGCAGCAACAGCUGCAGCAACAACAACAACACCAGCAACAACAACAGCAACAAAAAGAACAACAACAACAACAGCAAGAACAUCAGCGACAGCGACGCCUCCAGCAGCAACAUCAAGAGCUUCAGCAACAGCAAGUUUUCAAUGCGUCCCUGCAGCCUCUCCAGUCAAGUAUAGUCAUAAAUAAUGUGGACCAGUUCGUGGCAUCGGUGGCCACCCAGCAGCAGCCGUCGUCUUCAGCGACGCCCGAGGAGGCCCUCAAGAAGUACAAUCUGGACUUCCUGCAGUCGGCUCGGGCCCCCACUGCCAUCUCUCCUGUUCAGCAGCAACAGCAGCAGCCGCAGCAAGUGGCUCCUCCUCAGCAGCUUCUUCAGCAAGUUAGGCUGGCUCCGGCCGCACCCAGGCAGUCACCAGCGCACAGCUUUGCUCCGUCCGCUCCAGCCACACCGCAGUACCUGCACAAGUCCGGGCGGCCCCCGCCCCUGAAGCAGAGGUCGCUGCCAAACGUCGGAGCGUUCCAGAGCAUGGCCCUCGGAGUGACGACCACGCCCGCUGUGGAGCAGCCGAUCUUCCAGCAGCUCCCCUCUGCGGGAGUCCAGCGGCAGUCGCCCUCCAAUGGGCUGCAGCAGGCUGCCGUGGCGGCCAUGUUGGGUGUCAGAGAGAAGGAGAAGGCCUCUCCCAAUGGGGCGGGCUCGGCCGCCAAGCGCCACUCGUACACGGGAGGCCAGGAGGGCAGCGACCUGGUGCAGUUUGGUGCAGCCAUGGCGGCCCACGUGGCGGCGGCGUUUGCGCCGGCGGACCAGGUGCCGCUGCCGGGCACGGGUGGCAAGAGUGUCAGCUUUGCCAUGCCCAAAGUGGUUGUGCCCAAGAACCGCAUCAGGUCUCGCAGCAUGUCUUCGCCGCAGAGCGGCUCCAAGCACCACCCGAGUACCGGGGCGGUAGCCAAGCAGGCGGUGUCUCUGGGCCACCUGCCCUGGGGAAACUCUCCACCUCCGCCGCAGGUGCUUAGCCCUAAGCUGCCGGUGUCGCCCUCGAGCUCCGCGUCGCCACCCUUGCAGCAGAGCGCCGUGCUCACCCAGCUGCUCACCUCGGGCAACACAUUUUCCUGGGACGCCCAGAACGGAAGCAUUGCCAGCACCAACUCGUCGGCACUGUCCACGCCGGCCACUGUGACCAUCAUCAACUCGGUGGCCCCGUCACUGCCGGCCGUAGCGCAGCAGACCUUCGUCAUAUCUCCCGUCACCCUGUCCACGAUUUCAAGUACAAACAGCCUGCCUCGCAACCUGAUAGUUGGCUCAGCCGCCAUCAUCCCUCCCCCCGUGCCCAUACUGCCUUCCAAGCAGCUCAACUCAUCCCUUCCAAGUACAGUGGUACCCCAAGCUAAGACUGCUGAUGCUCCUGCCGCCUCAGCCUCAGGGGCUUCUGCCAAGCCGUUCCGGCCCAAGUCGGACGAGGAGCGCGUCCAGUACAAGGAGCACCGAAGGGUGUGCCACAUCAAUGCCGAGCAGAAACGUCGUUUCAACAUCAAGAAUGGGUUCGAGUCUCUUCGGCAUUUGCUGCCGUCGCUGAGUCAGAAUCCAGACUCUAAAGUGAGCAAGGCCCAGAUGCUUCAGCAAGCCGGAGAGUACAUACGCACACUGAAGAAUGAACGACAACAGCAGCAAGAGGAAGCUGAGAUGCUCAAGAAGCAGAUAGAGAGUUUCAACCAGGCAAUAAGCCUUUACCAAAACCAGCUGCCGGCAACAGGAGUGCCACUGCCGUGCCAGAGAGCAAACCACCUGAGGGAAAACUUUGACGACUACGUGCGCACGAGGACACUACAGAACUGGAAGUUCUGGAUCUUCAGCCUGCUGCUGGAGCCCCUGCUGGAGUCGUACAACCAGACGGUGUCCAAGGCUGGGCUGGACGAGAUGUGCAAGACGGUCCUCGUAUGGGUGGAGCAGAAUUGCUCCCUCCGGGCCCUCAGGCCAGGUGUGCUGGACUCUCUGAGGUACCUGAGCACCACCACAAACAUCUUGUCCGACCCAAGUCGACUGCCCGAAGAAGCCACGCAAGCGGUUACCAAGAAAGAACUCGUGCCACGUUUCAAAUUCUCCUCUGAGCAUCAGAAGGACAGGUAGCAGGACGCCUCUCGCACGCCCGCCAUCGAGUCGGCGAUCAUCUGUGCCUGGGACCCUGUUGCCUCGUAACCUUCACCUCUCUCCUCUUCUGCAAGCGCUUGUGACAAUGGCAUCGCAACCCCUGCAUACGUUGACAAAGUCUAACGUCCCGUCUUAGCGUGCUCCGUAAAAUACCUUGCACCGAGCUGAGACGUUUAACAUGUUUAAGUCUGUUCAAUUCCUUGACACGAGCACCAUCAGCUAGUUCCCUUGCAAAAGUUGUGAACUUUGGCUAAAUUUUAUAUUGAAGGGAAUGGGAGGGAGGAAGACGGGGCAUGGUCUCACAAGUGCAAGGGUAAGCUUGGUAUUUUACGGCCGUCACGUCGGAGCUUUGUUGUCGGCCGAAUUGAAGUAUGAUCUCGCAGGCCAUGGUCUGAAUCUUGCCACGGGGAGUUGCGUGGCACGUUUCUCUCAACGCUAGACCGAUGCGCAGUCGUUCAAGGCAAGCUCAGCAGUGGAGCUCAGACUCUGUCUCCUGCGGUGUGUGAGGGUCUGACUGUGCCUUGCUUCUUUUCAAAGCUCAACCACAUUUUUACCUGCGAGUGUGCUAGAACUGUCUUUUUUAAGCUGCAUAUGACAUGCCUGCAUUGUACAGAUCAUAGUUUUGUUCCCUUUAUGAACAAAACUUGGAAGAGUUUUAAAGGGUUUGCACUUUUUGUUUGUUUUAUAACUUCUUCCAACACGUCUGUUGUCUUUUUUAUUUUUUGGAGUGGGGCGUCAAGAAAAUGUCAUUGUCAAACACUGCGUUGGCUUCUGUGUAGCACCCGUUUUGCAUAGUCGCAGUAUUGUACAGUCGGCACACAGAUAACAAGCUGUUGUAUCGCAAAUAUAAUCUUGCGUGUGUCGAUGGUUCUUUACUGAAGGGUUUGAGCAGGUAUCUAAUGCCUGGUCCAGGCAGUUGCAUCAGUUGCAUCCAGGGUGACUGAAACGGCAGCAACGGCAGAGUCACCUAGAGUCCUAGGCAACCAUUUUCUUUAUUGUACAUGGCGAGCAGUGCAAGAAGUGGCUUUGUGAAGCUGUUAUUAGUCACAGUUGCCCCGGUGCAAAUGUCUGAACCAACCUUAACAUUAAAAAAAACUAAAAGGAGGAAAAAACAUUUUCUCUGUUGUAUUCUUUGUUGUCUUCCUGCUUGGUACAAAACAUUUCUCUAGCAGUUUUAUUACUGCAUUUCCCAUGCGCAGUAAAAAUCGGCAUGAUAGAAAAAUUGAAAUAUAUUUUGGUUUUGCCCGAAUUCAGUGCAUCUUGUACAUAUUGAGUGAGCGCUAAAAGUGUAUCUUUGUUGGUUAUAUGUAUGCUCAUCUGUUUAGCAUGUAUACUAAAGGACAUAGUGUCUUCAAGAGUGCUUUCUGCAAUGCCUUACGAAUGCUGAGUGUAUAAUACCUUGUUUUUAUUUGAGCUUCUGACAAUCUUGCAAGUCCCCCGGUUGCUUCAGAGGUGUCCUCUGUUUUAAGUUCCAAUGGUGCCAUUUCUUUUAAUUGUUUGCUUUUGUUUUCUCAAACUGUGGCACCUUCUGCCUGUCCUGUGCUUGUCUGCCAAGAGAGAUAACCGUUCACAUUGAUGCUUUGGUCUGAGACACCUUGGAUUGGCUAGAAAAAUUUGGUUCUUAAUGUUUUGCAAGUUCUGAUGGUUUUUAAUGAGAGUGCAUCAACACUACAGCUGUUUUUCCUGUGUUUUUUUUUUGGGGGGGGGGGGAGGGGGGAAGGGAGAGGGGGCAUACUGUACAUCUCAGUUUGUUUUAGAGAUCUUUCUGCAAAAUAUUCAAAGGCCUGGCAGCCUUUUGUGACAUCAAAGGAUGAAAGGUCUGUGUUGGUUUUAUAAACUACCAGCUCUUGUUUAUGAUGUUAGAUCUGGAUUUAGGGAUGGUUUAGUGGCACGGAUACCAAACUACUAUACAACCAUAUACAACCAGCAACACUCCCCAUAAGCCGCAAACAGAUGGGGGGUUAUAGUAAAUUUAUUGCGCAAUAAAAUCUAGUCAUAGUUUACAUAAGUUGCCUAAAAUUUGGGAUGUCAAACACUAAUGCCUUCUGAUGAUACUUGCAUGUGCUCGUGCCAAAUGUGGCGUGUUCAGAAGAGGCAGUAUGUUUGUAAAAGGAGGAGAGUGGUUGUAUGCCAACUGCUCUUAGGAGCUAUCAUGUGUUCAAGAAUUUGCCUCUUUGCUCGAAAUCUUUUUUUUUUUUUAAAUCUUGCAGCUUGUAUUUGUAAAAAAAGGGCACAAUGCUUAAGAUUUUUUUCAUUGGGAUUAGGUUCCAUAUAUAAUAUGGUCGGGUUGCACUUUACUUUGUUCCCUUGAAAUGUUCCCUUGUAACUUGGCAGAUGCUCAAGCAUGUGUUACAGUUAAAUUUUGUUCUGUUUCUUUUUGUUUUCUUUCUGGAAACUAGUUUUUGCUGGUGCAGCACAAAUAUCCCUAUCAUGCUUGGUUGUCCUCUUGUUUCUUCCACUACCAAUGUUGUCGUGUUUUUUUUUUUUUUUUCGUUUUUUUUUUUUUUAUUUAGUGUUGUUAUGUAAAAAGACAUUUCUUCCUGGCUAUAUCUUGAGAUAAACCUUCUUUUAUGGUCAGUUCUCUGUUCAGUCAAAGCCAGAAAUCCUAAGCUAAGUGUUUUCUUGACUUAUUGUAAAUAAUGUACAUGUACCUUCUUUUCAUUCUGUAAGUCAUGUUCGAAGUCAUCGCAUGGAACAUAUUAUGCCACCAUCGUAGAUAGUGGGCCGAUUAGUAUCAUGCGCGAAAAGCUCGGGAUGCUCUCCAAAAGUGGGUCCGCAUUUUAUACGUUUUUGUACAUAGGGCGUGAAAUUUUGAUACCUCUGCGGACAAAUAGUCGCAUGAUUGUGUUUUUUGUUUUUUUUUGUCUUUGUUUAUUAAAUUUUUACUUCAUAGUUGCUCACGUUUAACCAGUCUGAUGUGCAUAAUAUCUUUGAAGCCCACAACUCCGAUUUGAGAUAAUUGACGGAGCAUGAUAUGCUAAGCCCAUCUUUUUUACGAUUCUGCAGGCUGAGUGAAAUGGGCAUCGAUAGAAAACCCCUUUUUAUCCGCCUCCAGUCGUGCUGAGGACUUUUUCUCUGCAGAACACCUGUUUGGGAAAAUGUAUGCUCCAAUGAGUAUUUCGUAUUUUGCUCAUACUGCUUAUUGGGCAUGAGCAUGUGGAGAAUCGAACUGGCGGGAGCAAUGUGUGUGUGUGUGUGUGUGUCGGUGCCUUGUAUGCUUCUAGUCUUGUUAUAUUUUAGCAGUACUUGCUCUGAAUAAAAAGAUUACUCGAGUGGAUGGAAUAAAUGUUUGCAUCAAAA